UUACUCUAUUAGUUGGCAUUACUUUAUCAUUAGAUUCAUCAACAUAAUUAUAGUAACCUUUGAAAAUGUAUUUGUUUCUCAAAUUAGUGUUUGGAAUUUUUUUGCUGACCGUUUUUGUGGAGGGGCAAGAUAAAGUCGUAGUCUGCUACUACGGCACCUGGGCCACCUACCGCUCUGGCGACGGAAAGUUCUCCGUAUCGGACAUCAACACGUCGCUAUGUACCCAUCUCGUUUACACCUUCGUCGGGAUCAAUAAUGACGGGACCGUUGUCUCGCUCGAUCCGUAUCUUGAUCUGGCCGAUAACUAUGGACUUGAUAAUUUCAACAAAUUCAACGCAUUGAAGCAACAGAACGCCAAGUUGAAAACUAUUCUCGCCGUCGGUGGCUGGAAUGAGGGAUCCGCUAAAUACUCUACGAUGGCAGCCUCCGCUACCCUACGAAAUAACUUCAUCACCACAGCCAGAGAUUUGCUCCUGUCCUACGGUUUUGACGGUUUAGACAUAGACUGGGAGUACCCGAACCAACGUGAUUCAACUCAGGGAUCUGCUGAUGUAGAAAACUUUUCUUUGUUGCUAAAAGAAUUGAGGGAGGAGUUGGAUAAAUAUGGAUUGUUGAUUACUGUAGCUGUUGCGGCUGUGGAGCAGAGUGCAUCGCUGUCAUACGAUAUUCCCACAAUGUCCAAGUACGUCGACCUCAUCAGCCUCAUGACAUAUGACAUGUACGGAGCCUGGGAUUCGGUCACCGGACACAACGCACCUCUUCAUGUAGAUGCGGGUAGACUCUAUGCUGUUGAUGCCGCUUUGAACUAUUGGCUAACACAAGGAUGCCCCCCAGAGAAGCUUGUCCUGGGCUUACCCCUCUACGGCAGGACUUUUACCUUAACCGAUGCUAAUGUCCAUGGGGUAGGGGCUCCAGCAAGCGGCGCUGGUUUAGCUGGACAGUAUACUGCAACUAAUGGCUUAAUAGGGUACAACGAGUUCUGCAACAAACUAAAUACGGAAACCUGGGACGUCCUUUACGAUUCCAUAGCUGAUGUACCAUAUGCAGUCCAAGGCAAUAACUGGGUAUCCUACGAUGACCCUAAUUCCUUAGCCAAGAAGGUCGAAUAUGCCAUGAAUCUCGGCAUCGCCGGUGCCAUGGUCUGGAGCAUCGAAACUGAUGACUUCCACGGAAAAUGUGGAGAGGAUUUUGCUUUACUAAGAUCUAUUAAUACAGCCUUAGCUGGUUCUAGUUCUUCUACAUCUACAUCAACAGCUACUCCUAGUACCACAGUGUCAACAACCACGCCCACUAGUACUACUAGUAGCACGGCUUCUACUACUACUACUACUAGUACUACGGUUUCUACAACUGAAGCGCCUACAAGCACUACGUCUAGUCCUACAACGACAUCUACUGCAAAAACAACGACAACAACAGCAUCAACGACAUCUGCAUUGUGCACUGAAGAAGGUCCUAUAGCCAAUCCCGACGACUGUUCCACUUUCUUUAUGUGUGUUUUGGGAGGCUCCGGCCUGGAGACCAAACUCAUGGACUGUCCUAGCGGCCUAGUGUGGGAUGAAACCAACAAAUACUGCAAUUACAAGUACCUUGUUACAUGUUGA